UCGGCAGGUGGAGGGAGAAGGGAAAGUUUGGCCCGUGCGUGGGCUAGGGUGGAGGGCGGGACGGAGGGGCUGGGCCCAGGCGAAUACCCUGUCGCUGCUGCUGCGGAGGCCGAGGCCGGGACCUGAGCCGGGCAGGGAGUGCCGGUCGCCGAGGAGCAGGAGGCGAGGUCCGCCGGAGCUUCAAGCCCCCGCCGCUCUGCCGCGCGGUGACCCCGCGCCCAGACGCCGUCCGACCCGUGGUUGUUCCCGAGGCGGUUGGUGGGGGCGCGGCGGCGGCGGCGGCGGCGGCGGCGGUUGGGGGUGGGGAGAGGCGCGGCGAGGAGACUAGAGGUCAGCGAGUUUGAGGGAGGAUCGCGAGCCGUGCAGCCGUCAUGUCCGAGGACUCGAGCGCCCUGCCCUGGUCCAUCAACCGGGACGAUUACGAGCUGCAGGAGGUGAUAGGGAGUGGAGCAACUGCUGUGGUCCAAGCAGCAUAUUGUGCCCCUAAGAAGGAGAAAGUGGCAAUCAAACGGAUAAACCUUGAGAAAUGUCAAACUAGCAUGGAUGAACUCCUGAAAGAAAUUCAAGCCAUGAGUCAGUGCCAUCAUCCUAAUAUUGUGUCUUACUACACGUCUUUUGUAGUAAAAGAUGAACUGUGGCUAGUCAUGAAGCUGCUAAGUGGAGGUUCUGUUCUAGACAUUAUUAAGUACAUUGUGGCAAAGGGGGAGCACAAAAGUGGAGUCCUAGAUGAACCUACCAUUGCUACAAUACUCAAAGAAGUGCUGGAAGGGUUGGAAUACUUGCAUAAAAAUGGACAGAUUCACAGAGAUGUGAAAGCUGGAAAUAUUCUUCUUGGAGAAGAUGGCUCAGUACAGAUUGCAGACUUUGGAGUUAGUGCUUUUUUAGCAACUGGUGGUGAUAUUACCCGAAAUAAAGUGAGAAAGACCUUUGUUGGAACUCCUUGCUGGAUGGCGCCUGAAGUUAUGGAACAGGUUCGAGGCUAUGAUUUCAAAGCUGACAUCUGGAGUUUUGGGAUCACAGCAAUUGAACUGGCUACAGGGGCAGCUCCUUACCAUAAGUAUCCACCAAUGAAGGUUUUAAUGCUGACACUACAAAAUGAUCCUCCUUCUUUGGAAACUGGUGUUCAAGACAAAGAAAUGCUGAAAAAAUAUGGAAAAUCAUUUAGGAAAAUGAUUUCAUUGUGCCUUCAAAAGGAUCCAGAAAAAAGACCAACAGCAGCAGAACUGUUAAGGCACAAAUUUUUCCAAAAAGCAAAGAAUAAAGAAUUUCUUCAAGAAAAAAUACUGCAGAGAGCACCAACUAUUUCUGAAAGAGCUAAGAAGGUUCGGAGAGUACCAGGUUCCAGUGGCCGCCUUCAUAAGACAGAAGAUGGCGGCUGGGAGUGGAGUGAUGACGAAUUUGAUGAAGAAAGUGAGGAAGGGAAAGCAGCAAUUUCACAACUCAGGUCUCCCCGAGUGAAAGAACCAUUAUCAAAUUCUGAGCUGUUUCCAACAACUGAUCCCGUGGGUACUUUACUCCAAGUUCCAGAACAGAUUACUGCUCAUCUACCUCACCCAGCUGGGCACAUGCCUGCACAGCCAACUCAAGUCUCUCCCCCACCCCCAGCAGAGCCAGCAAAAACAGCUCAGGCUCUGCCUUCAGGAGCAGGCUCACAAGAAACCAAGAUCCCAAUCAGCCUAGUACUCAGAUUAAGGAAUUCAAAAAAAGAACUAAAUGAUAUUCGAUUCGAGUUUACUCCUGGGAGAGAUACAGCGGAGGGUGUAUCUCAGGAACUCAUUUCUGCUGGCCUUGUCGAUGGAAGGGAUUUAGUAAUAGUGGCAGCGAAUUUGCAGAAAAUUGUGGAAGAACCUCAGUCAAAUCGAUCUGUCACUUUCAAACUGGCAUCUGGUGUCGAAGGCUCAGAUAUUCCUGAUGAUGGUAAACUAAUAGGAUUUGCCCAGCUCAGCAUCAGCUAAACCACAGCCUUGAAAGAGGCGGCCUAAGGAGAUUCCACACAUGCGUAUCUCUGUUGCUUCUGUUGGCCUAAACCCACUACUGCCAAAGAACCCAGCAACAAACCUCCCGGCUAGGAGCUUUAGAGGUCUUUCUUUAUGUUCUUCCUGCCAUCAUUCCCCCCUUUUCCCACAGGGAAAGAAAAGUUGGAUCACCAGUGGCCAGCAUCCCUUUAAAGACUUCCGUUAGUAAACUUACUGCGCAUGUCCCCUGUCUUUCUCCAGCUGAGAAGGGGACUGUGCCUCAAGGCUCAGGAGGGAGAUCUGGCAGCUCAUCUUGCCUUACUCCAAUGAUGGCGCUGGGUGGAAAGUAGCAGCUAUAUUGGGCUUCCUCAUCCUGCCUCUUCUCCCACACCUGACAGGAUGUGGGCAUCUUGGGAUAUAUCUUCACCACUGAAGUAGCAAUUAAAAGUUGAUUGUUUAUCUGGAGCCCAGAGAAUUUAAUUUAGUAAUUUUUUUUUUUAAGCUGAUGUGAAUUCGAGCAACCUUUGUUAGGAAAAAGCACAGCCUCAGAAAGAGGCAGCCUAAACUGUGUUAUUAUUGUUUUGUUCAUGUUUCUAAGCGUUUUGCUGAAGCUGCUCUCAGGCACCCCUCUUCAUCACUCCCUCCAGAAAGGGUUGCUAGCCUUAACUUCAGCUGGUGCAAAACAUCUGACUGUAGUCGAACUUCAGCCAUCAGAUCCUAAAAAGUGGAACUUUGGACUGUUUUUAGCGAAAACAUCAAGUAAUGGCUUCUAAAAGUGAAUUUCCCCAGCAGUGGUUUUGAACAGGAAGAAUAAUAACUCAUAUCAUUUUGGAAGUAUUUAUUUUCAAAUCUUAAAAAAUUCAAUUGAAGAAAAACUGCUCCUCAAUCCUCCCAUGAAAAUUUGCCUGGCCUCCACGUCAUAAGGAAAUGCAAGGCUGAGCUUUCUACAGCAAUAAAGGAGACUCACCAGGCCAGCGAGGCCUACCUUCUGGCCCUGUCCUGCACUGACCCUUUGGAGGGGCUCCAUACUUCUGUGCGCUGAACCUGACCCAGGAUGGAAAGUGAAACCACAUGUGCCGAGACUUUUAGGAUUUUUGAGUAGACAGUGUUCAUUUGAUUUUCUAUAGAAAUAAUAUAAAUUAUUCUUUAGGUUUAAAAACGAGCACUCAUAAUGCAAUAUGUGAGUAAUCGGUGGGGCUGAUUUUCUUUCUUACUGUUUCACAGUCAACCUCUGUCUAACUGCAAGUAGCCCUAACAGUUUUUGUCUAAGAAAGGGACACUCAGUCUGGCCUUAAAACGACACAUGAAGAUGGGCUUUGGCACCAUGGAAAGGGGAGUGCUGCCUCUUACAGAAUCACACAAGCCCUUUCCAGUACUGUUGGUCUGUGAAUAACGAGAUCACUUCACCUAGUUGUUUCUUGGAAUAUCUCUGGAAGCUUUCCCCACAACUGAGUUGUUGCAGCUCUUGUUUGCUUCUGAGCUUGUUGUUUUAGUCAUGGGCUUCCUUUCCCUGCCCUAGGUACAGAGGCAUACUGGAAAAGGAGUGGAUGUGGGGGAGAAGGAUGGGAUGGGUUUGGAGUGGCCGUUGGGAGGAAAGUAGAUGAGAGGAUCAGACACCAAAGUCCAGGGUCCCAGCAGGAUUGGUAAAAAGUGGGAGGCCUGCCAAGCCUAGAGAGGGAAAAGAUUGAUAGUUUGCUGGAAGAAUACUUAGCUUUUCUUUUUCUUUUCUUUUUUUUUUCUUUUUUCUUUUUUUAAAUUUUUUUUAGAGGGAUGGGAAUAACAUGAAAAGGAGAUAGUGUCCCUUUGGCACAAGGCUAAUCGCUUCUCGGCCUUUUGGCUAAGAUCAAGUGUGGCACAAGGCUAGUGGCUUACCUUUGAGUAUGUAUUUUUGUCUCAGUCAAGCCAUCAUCAUCUACAUAUUGAUAAAUCCGGAGGUGGUGGCCUCACUCUGUUCUAGCAUUCUGUUUGGAAGUGGUCUGGAGCCCAGGCAGGAGGUGAGCAGCAGCCCAUUGCCGUGUUCAGUUUCCCCAGCCAGCCAUGACUUUUAAACUGCAGUGGGACAAGGAUGCCAAUGGAAGUGGCCUAGGGUUUUCUCUUUCUUUUCAGUUCAUUUUUUGCCCUGCUGGGAAUUAGGAGUCAGACACCAAGACCCAGGACAGUGUUAUUUCUUCUGCAUGAUGUAUGGUGGACUCCCUUUGCUGACUUUCACAGCGAUGCUGAGAGAAUACGUGAACAGAAACUUCCCAGGAUGGACAGCACGUAACCUAGUGAGUGACCUUGCUCCUUUCAAGGAGCAGUGGUCCAGGGUACACCUCUGUCUCUAGGUCUCUAGGAUCCCUUGGUCCCUGGGGGUAGGGACUAAUUUAGCACAAGGUAACAUGUGCCAAUGCUGUUUGUGAAAUGUAUGGUCUUAUUCAAUAUGACUAAUGGAUUUCUUUGGGUUUUUUGCUUAAGUUUUGAACCAAAUCCUAGAGCCAGCUGAUACUAUUUAAUAAUCUGAGGAUAGAAUAAUGGUGUAUCAGUAAAUGGAGGUUCCUCCUUAUGAUGUAUGCUAGAUUAUGGAAGAUGUAAAAUAUUUGACCUUCCCUUCUCCCUUUUUUUGACUUUGUAUUUUGCUGCAUGUUUCCUUCAUUUUUAAUCAAUAAAGAGUAAAUUGUC